GAAAUUACCUGACAGACUCGACGAGAGAAAAAAGAAACAAGAAUAAGAACCGUUUCCACCCAACUCCACGAGGUAUAGUUCGAUUCCGGAGUGAGAGCCGGGUGGGGAAAGAAGGGGUUGGGUUGAUGAGUUCGUCGGUGGCGUUGGAGUGGAAGUUCUCUCAGGUGUUCGGCGAGAAGUUUCCAGGCGAGAAAGUUGAUGAUGUUGAUCUCAUAUCUGUGGUUGAAUUUGAGAGCAGAGGAGACUAUCUUGCGACUGGAGAUCAUGGUGGUCGCGUUGUCCUUUUCAAAAGAAUAGACGGGAAAAACCUGCAUCCACGGAAAGAGUUGGAGCACAUGGACCAUCCUGCUACAGUGCAUCCUAGAUAUUUUUACAAGACGGAGUUUCAGAGUCAUGAACUAGAGUUUGAUUACCUGAAGAGUUUGGAAAUUGGGGAGAAGAUCAACAAACUGAGAUUCUGUGCCACACCUAACAAUUCUCUAUUUAUACUUUUUACAAAUGAUAGGACGAUUAAACUAUGGAAGGUAACAGUGAUGCUGCACAGGCAAAACACAUUGUCAAAAGAAUAUUGUAUUGUUUCAGAAUGUAAGGUGAAGAGAGUCAAGGAAAUGGAACUAAGUCCAAAUGUUUCUUCAGAAAAUGCACUUCUUUCUGAGAAGAGUUUCGUGAUUGGGCUUAAUGAAUCAUCCGUCCAGAAUGGUAAUCAUCUUGAAUGGAUAAAUAAAAAGCCUAGGAGUGUAUGUCCAACACCUGAGGAAGGCCCUAACAUGUUGGACAAGGAGUUUUUUGAGGCAACCUGGGCUCAAGAACCUCCAGCAACAAGCCUUCAAUCAGAUGUAUUCAAUGAUAGUGUCAUGUGUGAUCAGAUAUUUAAUGUUGGAGAAAGUGCUGUUGCAAGGUGCCGAAGAGUGUACGCACAUGCUCAUGAUUAUAACAUCAAUUCUAUAUCAAACAAUAGUGAUGGUGAGACAUUCAUAUCUGCUGAUGAGCUUAGAAUAAACUUAUGGAACAUGGAAGUUAGUAAUCAAUGUUUUAACAUCGUUGACCUGAAGCCUUUGCACAUGGAGGAUCUCAUAGAGGUCAUAACGUCUGCCGAGUUUCAUCCUGAUUACUGCAAUCUCUUAGCUUACAGCAGUUCAAGAGGUUUUAUCCGAUUGGUUGACAUGCGUCAAUCGGCACUAUGUGACCAGAAUGCAAAAAUAUUACUGGAUCAUGAAGCCCGUGGAUCUAGAUCCUUCUUCGCUCAGAUAAUUGCUUCAAUUUCUGAUAUAAAGUUUGCAAAAGAUGGAAGACAUAUUUUAAGUCGGGACUACAUGAAUCUAAAGUUGUGGGACUUGCAUAUGGAAAGCUCUCCUAUUGCAAUUUUUAAGAUAAAUGACUAUCUUCAGCCCAAGAUACCUGUGUUGUAUAAUCAUGAUGCUAUUUUCGACAAGUUUGACUGCUGCAUUAGCAGGGAUGGGCAUCACUUCGCAAGUGGAUCUUACAGCAAUAUUUUCAUAGUUUUCUCUCGUGAUGGUGGACAAGAUGAUGGAAUUACAUUGGAAGCUACCAGAAACCCAAACAGGGUAUCACGUUGUCAAACUGCCCCAAGAACUGCAGGAUUGCUGAGCAGCUUUGCUCGUGGACUCAACCGAAGAGGACAUGACAAUACAGGCUCUGAUGCUAGUGAUGAGAUCCCUUGUGACUUAAAAUCCAAACUGAUCCAUUUGGCAUGGCAUCCUACAACAAGCUUAAUUGCCUGUGCCACUAAAUGUAGCUUAUACAUGUACUAUGCAUAGAUAAUUUCAUUUAUUUAUUUACCAGAUAAUGCUGUGUCUGUUGGGGGUAAAAAA